GGCAAGUUCCCAAUAUCACUAUGAAGCCGCUUUCAAUAACAUAUGUUAAUGAACUUAAUUAGGCUUCCCCCCUGGGUCUCGUGACAUAGUAGGUCUGUGAAACCAAUCAGCUCGCGCGCUGAUGGAGCGCGCUGUGUUGGAGACAUACCAGGUCAGAGUACUCCACCAACGUCUCAAUAUUUUGAAGUUAACCAAUAUUUCACGGAGCGUAUCUGUUUUUCUCUCACCGUAUGUGUCCACGGGCAACUUUCAAAAUAUCAACUGCAAAAAAAUCGUCCAUACCUGUGUGGAACAGGCUACUUUAUGGCACUGGUUCGAGCCGCGUGAUAACGCUUCUCUUUUGAGAUGGAUCCGGUUCAAAUUAGCUCUCGCUAGUUGCGAACACCCGAUGCAGCCGUGCUGAAACCCGGUGGUUUUUAUGGACCUCUAUUAAUGAUGUCUAUGAGCUUCAUGCCUGAUAGCUUCAAUGCGCAGGAUCCGUCCAAGUCAGCGUUUUUAGAGUUCGGUCAUGGACUUCCCACUCACCAGUCUCAGCACUCGCCCGGACUAUCGCACAACAUUUACCCCGUACACGGCUUGCAGCCGGCCGGACACCUGCAGCACGAUGCUCCCCUCCAGUCUGGCGCCUACUCCUACGGUCGAUCACUGGGUUAUGCGGCUUACCCCGGCUCGGUGAGCUCUCAUCCCCAGAAUGCGUACGUGCCGUAUCAGCACAGCAACCAAAACAGCACUUUGACUCACGCGAAAGUGGAGCAGGCUGAGCGCCACGAGAAGCCAACGGUCAUUGAGAAUGGGGAGAUUCGCCUGAACGGCAAGGGGAAGAAGAUUCGCAAGCCACGGACCAUCUACUCCAGUCUCCAGCUCCAGGCUCUGCACCAGCGCUUUCAGCAGACCCAGUAUCUCGCGCUGCCGGAGCGCGCUGACCUCGCGGCCAAACUAGGGCUCACGCAAACCCAGGUGAAAAUAUGGUUUCAGAACAAGCGCUCGAAGUACAAGAAAAUCAUGAAGCACGGCUCGAGCGGUCACGAGGGAGAGCACCUGCACACGAGGCCGUCGCUGUCGCCUUCCCCGGGCCUUCCGCAGCUCUGGGAGGUCUCCAUGGCCAGUAAAACAACACCUAUGCACCCAGGCGGCUACAUGAACAAUUUUGGACACUGGUACCCGUCGGCGUCUCACCACCACCAUCAGGAGUCUAUGAACAUGAACAGACCACCGAUGAUGUGACUGUGACCGUUUGCCGUUUGUCCAGUCAAGUGCCGUCAUCAAAUGACGCAGUCGAGACAUAUCCCAGCCAUUUCGAGUGUUCAUUUUCUCCGCGCGCACCUCUGCAGUGUAUGACCUUCACUUGUCUUGUUUACUUGUGCAUUGUAAAUACACGGCGUGAUUUUUGUUGAUGUUGUUUGCUUUUUUGUGGACGAUGCUUCUGCAAACAGGAUUUAAGAAGCACUUCUCGCAUUGAUGAGCAUGUCAUAUUCCAGGGUUUAUUAUUCUAUGACAGUUUUUGGUAGAUUUUGAACGAAAUUGUUGGUUGUUUAAAAUAUCCAAUAUGAAUACUGGACAAGGCUCCUCUAAUAAACCAUCGUUUUUUUACAAUCGCAUUGUCAGACUGAUACUUAAGCGGCA